ACACACAACACGUACACGUGGCACAAACACGAGUAAUUAAAUGCAUUUACGCAGCAACACACACACACUGCAAUAAGCACAGCCAUACACAGUGACACACACUCAAAGCACACACACCCUCUCUCCCCCCCCCAAUCGCCAAUCGAAUGGUUCUGCCUCAUUGAACCCCGAGAACGAAGGCAAGGAAGAGGCAUCGUCCCUCGCCUAGGUAGGCUUCGUGCUUCUGCAUCGACAGCGGGGCAGGUAGGGCUCGUUUGUCCGUCCAUCAUCGCAUCAGACAAAGCAGAGCCACUUUCACACGGGCAACCGCAAUCGUCACCGGAAUCGAGCCAAGAGCCAGAGAAGCGGACAGCUGCAUCAGCGGCAGCAGCAGGAUACAGGAGAGAUGGCCUUCUCCCUGCGGCGUCAGGUGAAGAACAUUGUCAACAACUACUCGGAGGCCGAGAUAAAGGUGCGCGAGGCGACCUCCAAUGACCCCUGGGGCCCGUCCAGCUCCCUGAUGGCAGAGAUCGCCGAGCUGACCUACAACAGCGUCGCUUACGAAGAGGUGAUGACCAUGCUGUGGAAGAGGAUGAGCGACGGGGGACGAAACUGGCGUCACGUCUACAAGGCGCUGGUGCUGCUCGAAUGCCUCACCCAAAUCGGCAACGAAAAGGUGACUGAGCAGUGUCGUGAGCACCUGUCCGGCCUCAAGAUGCUGCAGGAAUUCCGCUUCGUGGACCGCGACGGCAAGGACUACGGCGUGAACGUGCGCGAGAAGUCCAAGCAGCUGGUGGCUCUGCUGCAGGACGAAGCGCUGCUCCAGUCCAAGCGCGAGCUGGCGCUCAAGACGAAGGAGCGCAUGGCGCAGAGCAAGGCCAAGCCCGGGGGCGCCGCGCAGUUCCUGGGGGGGCUCAGUCGCAGCCCCGGGCCCAGGGAGGCGCUGGGCUCCGCGUCGUCCGACGGGGGAGACGGAGGAGGCUCCGGGGGGUCGCCCGCCGCUCAGCGACCGCCAUCGUCUCCCCAAGUGGCUGCCGACACAGAGCAAGGAGAACAGCCUCAUCGGGCAGAGGAGAAAGCAGCUGAUCCUUCGGUGCCGGCGGAGCAGGAGCCACGUGCGGAGAGCAGAGCCGAGCAGCCCACCACGACAACCAAGGAAGCCGCGACGGUAGAGCUGCCGCUGCUCGACAUCGGAGAUUGCUUCAGUUCCCCUUUGACUGCGGGGUCCACAGCUCCACAGCAACAGCAGCAGACUCAGCCCCUGGACGUCUGGGACACGGUCGCCCCCUCGGUCGCUCAGAACGACCCCUGGAGCAUCCCUCCCGCACGCCCUGCCGCCACUGCCACCGACUCCAAACCAUCCGCGAGGCCGUCUGGGGUUGCCACCCCUGCCCCCGAUCCUUGGGCCUCAUUGCUGUCAGGGCCCCAGCGGUCGACACCGGUGCCAGCGUGUGCGUCAGUCGACCUCUUGGGCGACGACGCACCCGCGGCCUUCGCCGCCGCUCCGGCCGCGCAAACCACCGCCGUGGACCUGCUGCAGUGGCCCGGCGUCGCCGCCACCCAGCCCCAGGCGAAAGUCGCGGCGGCCCUCGCCCUCGGGGAGUCCCCCCUGCCGCUGCUCGACCUCGGCCCCGUCGCGCCAUCGCCUGCGGCGGCCGCGCAGCCCGGCGCCUCCGCCGCCCUGCUGCUCCCGUCCGGACAAUCUUUGGCCACAUCUGUAAGUCCAGCUCCCGUCGCACGACCAGCAGCAGCAGGGCCAGGAGCAACACUCGCACCAGCAGCGCACUCUGCCCCCCCUCCUGUGGCUGCACCCCGCUCCCCACGGGUGUCCACAAAACCUCAGCAGAAGUCCACCCCUGCUGCUGCUCCCUCCGCUGCAGCCACCACCACCACCACCACGAGCCUGGCUCCAGGCCAGAGCCCGCAGCCUCAAGCAGUCAGCCCCGGGUCCGGAAAGCCGCCGGCACGCCCGCCAUCCCCCCGGCUCGGCGGACGGAUUCCUGCUGCGCCUACGGAGCAGCAACAGCAGCAGCAGCAACAGCAGCAACAACGGGAGCAACAACAACGGGAGCAGCAGCAGCAACAACAGCAACAACAGGAGCAGCAACAACGGGAGCAGCAGCAGCAGCAACAACGGGAGCAGCAACAGCAGGAGCAGCAACAACGGGAGCAGCAACAACGGGAGCAGCAACAACGGGAGCAGCAGCAACAACAGCAUUCAAAUCUCGAUGAUUUGCUGAGCUUUGAAGGACCGAACGUCCCACUCGCAGCUCCAAUCAAAAUCCCUGACGGCACUCCAUCGGUAAUCCUGCCUGUGAUGCAAGCGCUUGCACCGUCCUCGGGUCUCGACGAUUUACUUGGCUUCAGCUCAGAGAUACUGCAGCCAUCAGAGCCACAGGAGCAGCAGCAGCAGCAGAAAGAGCCUGGGACCGCUUCUGGCUACGCGGAUAUGCUCAGCCUAACGUCCCCUCGCGAUGACGCCAGCGCCUCGAGCAACGGAGAGCCGGAGUCAGCAGAAGCGGAGCCAAUCGUCGAUGCCGCUCCUCCUCCACCCUGCGACGACCCCCCGCCCGCUCGGACCGCCGAGACGGUGGCCUCGACUGCGACCUCCUCGGAGGCCCUCGAGUCGGCCGCAUCCCGAGCCCCCACAGGGGUCGCCGCCGCCGCCGCGGCAGUCGCGGCGGUCACGGAGGGUUCGCCGUCGGAGCAACCGGAGGAGAAUUCCCACGGCGCAGACCCGCGGGUCAAGGAUCUUCAGGAGGCCGACGGUUUAGCGCUGGCGCCAGAAAAAGGACAACAGCACGUCCUGGAAAAGGCCUCGGUGGAAACGGGCGGAGUGGCCGAGUCGGCCGUUAUCGAGGAGGUCGCCCAUCGCCCGACGAGCAAUGGCAGCGACUGA